AUGGGCCUGGUCGACUACCCCAGCUCAGACGACGACCACGAACACGAACCACCCAAAACCAAACACACCGUCCGAAUCCACCUCCCCCCACCAGCAACAGCAACAACAACGACCAGCAAUCCAUCCCAGAACGACCUGCUCGCCAAACUCAAACUCAAGCGCAAGAGCCCCAGCACCUCAGGCCUCGCCAGCCUGCUCCCGCCCCCGAAGCGCACCCAGCCGCAAGCACAGCCAUCCUCAUCCUCCUCACUGGCCUUCAAGCCGAAACCAGUAGCCAAACAUGCCCCCGUCGAGCCAGACCCCGCCCCUCCCGUCGGACAACUGCUGGACCCGUUUGGCCUCCAGCCAGACCCCACCCCUCCCGUCGGACAACUGCUGAACCCGUUCGGCCUCCCCCCGCCGCCGGCCAGCUCCUCCGCCCCGCCAACGAACCGCGCGUCGCCCGAGGCCCCCGAGCCGCGCCCAUCGCUCAGCGUCUCGUCCGCCCCUCAAGUCGCCGACGAGAGCCCGCCUCCGCCGGGUCUACUAGACCCCUACCCGGGCUACUGGCAGAAGAGCGACGGGAGCUGGUGUGCCCGCGAGGCCUCCGACCCCGUCUGGGCCGCCUUCUAUGCCACCCACUAUGCCGCCACACCCGCAGGCCCGGCCGACAGAAACACCAGCAGCCCCUCGCUCCCCAAGGACUUCUUCAAGGACGCCCCCCCCUCCCUCGUCGCUUUCGACGCCAAACAGGCCGCCCAAUCCGCCUGGGAAAACAAGCCCAAGAUCAUCGAUCCUCGCGAAGAGGCCCGCCAGCAACAACAGGCCAAUGCCAAGCCCGCCAAACACGUCUCGACUAGGGCGAGGGGGCGCCAUCAACUGUCCGCCCUCCUCACCGACGCCCAAGCCAAUCGCGCCGAGCUCGAGGACCGCAUCUCCCGCGGGAAGUCCAACCGCAAAGCCGGCGGGGCCAAGUAUGGCUUCUGA